GAAGUCCCAAAUUUCUCCGAACAUUCCCCACCUCACCGCCCAAAACCCGCGCCCAUUCCAAAACCCUCCGCCGCCGCCGCCGCCGCCGCGGCCGCCGGCGAGGCCUCCAUGGCCACCACCACCCCCGCCGCCCGCAAAAUAGCCGGCACCGAGGUCCCCAUCCCGGGCUCGGACAGGGUGCGGUGGAUCGAGCUCACCGUCCCCUCCACCCCGUCCCCCUCACCGGAGGGCGAUUCCGAUCCCUUCGUCCUAGUGCCCCCGCGCGCCGCCUCGGGGUUCCACGUCGUCUCCUCCGGCGACUCGCAGUGCUAUCUCGCCUGGAGGUUCCAUGAGGAACAACAAAAUGUUCUAGAGGUUAUUGAUCUCUGUGCUUUCAAGGAGUUUCCAAGCUCUGGACUGCGGUUGGUAUUCCAGGAGGAGCUAUGCCCGUUUUCCUUCUUAUGUGCACGUGAGGGCGGCAGACGUGGCACACCUGUAUAUCUGCUAUAUGUGCUUACUGUUUCUGGAGUUGCUCUCUUAUGCCACUUGCGAAGCCCAUUUUCCUAUAUCUCUGGUUCAAUAUUUCCUCAAGACGAUAUAGUUGAAUUUAAUCUCCAAACCCAAGUACAGAGUGCUAAGGUUACAGCUGUAACAGCGAUGUCAGGAUGCCUAGUGAUUGGGCGACAAGAUGGGUCAAUCUGCUGUUACAGUCUGGGCAAGUUAGCUCUGAAUUCACCAGGUUUCUUGAAUGAGCUCCGAGAUGAUGCUGGGAUCGGACGUUUAUGGUCUCUUGUGUCAAGAACAAAGGCUGUGGGCCCUGUACAAGAUAUAGUAACAGCUACUGUAAAUGAAAGGGAACUGCUGUUUGUUCUCCAUCUGGAUGGAAGUUUGCGCAUAUGGGAUAUUUUUAAUCACACUAAACUUCUCAGUUACAAUGUUCGCUCGAAUGAUAUCGAAGGUCAACCAUCUAGGAUAUGGGUUGGUGAUGCUGAUGAUGAUCAAGAGUUGAUUUUUUUGGCUGUUCUGCGUCAAGGCACUGUGACUGGAGCUUGUGAUUGCGUUUCUGUAUAUGGUUUUAGUUUUGGUGCUGGUGAAAGGUUCUUGUUUUCUCCUGAACCUUCAUUUUUUUCUAUACCUUUGGUGGAGGGAAAGCUUAUCGACUUGAAAAUAAGCAUGGACAAGCUUUGGAUACUUAAGGAAGUUGGAUCAAUGCUAUAUGAAAUAGUGCAGUAUGAUUGUGAUACUGAGAUAAUGCAUUCAUAUGUGCUACAAGAAGUUUCUGUCAGUGACCAGUUGUUUCAAAGCUCUGAGAAUACAUUGGAUGAUUUGGUCUGGACAGCUGAUUCAAUAUUCUCAUCCAAGAAGGAGCAGACAUUCGGUUUUAUUUCAUCUAUGUUUUUGCGGAGGCUACUUCAACCAGGAGUGAAUCACAGUUCUGCUCUACGUGAAACCUUGUUGGAGCACAAGAGAUUUCUAUCCGAUUCUUAUUUCCAAUCACUUACAACUAGUGGACUACGGAAAGAAAUAUUAUCCACCAUAGAACAAGAGGGAAGUUCACAGACUGCAAGUUCGACUGCUUAUCAUUGGAAAAAGUUUUCUGCACGGUAUCUCCACAAUUGGUGCUGGAACAAUAGGCCAUAUGGGUUACUUCUUGAUACUAACAGAGAAGUUUUUGGUUUAAUAAGAAAGGGUUCAUUUUCUCUCUUCCGUUGUUUGGAGGGCAUGGAGCAGUUUAUUUAUGGUUCCUCUGAUGACCUGCGCAAUCUUGAUAUCCUUGGGGUGAACCCAUCGGAUAAUAUAUCUCAGUCUGAAAUCCUCAUUGAAGUUCUAAGGUGCAUGGAUCAUAUAAGCCAUCUGCUGGGGAGAUCUGCUGCUGCAAUAUAUCAUGAAUCCCUCAUCAGUUCUGUUAUAUCACCUGAUGAAAUUGUUUCUCAGAUCUUAAAGAUUCUGGGCACUGGUUUCAGUCCUCAGUCUCCCUCAGCCCUCAUUACAUUAUUUGGAACAGAUGCUUAUGCAGAAAGAAGGCAGACCGCUCACAAGAGUCAGAGGAAGUUUUCUGUUGAAAUGUUACUAUCUUUUCGUAAAUUGCAAUCAAAGUCGACAUCCUGGUCAGCAGUAUUUGAUGUGAUUGAGAACUUCAUGAAGUAUUUGAACACAAACGUGACCAUCCAAGAGUAUGAGCUGAAGAGAGUUUGCAAUGUGAAUACUGCGUUAUUGGUUCAAGCUACUUCACAGGUAGCAAGAACAAUGUUCGAGUCCACUUUUGAUCUAUAUCUGUUCCUCAAUUAUCUGGUCUCCAUUGGUGGGCAGGUCUCCUUGUCACAAAAUGAUAUUGCCAGAAUAAAACUGAAGUUGUUCCCAGUGAUUCAAGAUAUACUGGGACAGUGGAUUGUCCUCCACUUUGUAGGAAUUUCACCUACUACACCACCAACUAUUGAGGAUUUCAGCUAUCAGCUUUCUUCUCUCCAGCUAGGAAAAGCUGAUGACCUGUCUUUGCACAGAAAGUUUGGCUGCUCUUAUUUUACAUUGGCUUGUUUACUUGAUUUUCCAAAAUCUGCUGACGGGGAUGUUCUCUCACCCUGGUUUCCUAAUCCAACUGAGUUGGUCAACUUGGUAAGGAGGUUUAGUGGCUCAAUUAUGAGUGAAAAUAUUGCUGGAAAUGCUGACUGUUUCUUGAGUUCCACAAUUAAUCUGGCAGCAGUUCUUGUUCGCCAUGGUCAAUAUGAAGCUGCUCAGAGUCUUCUGGGCAUUCUCGACACACACAUGAACUAUGUGAAAGCAUCUCAAGCUGACCAGGAUACAGAUCUUGCACGCUCAUCAUGCCUUCAUCUCAAUGGAUUUUGCCUUCUGGUGCUUGCACGUGAUGAAGCAAACAUUGUCCUGAAAGAAUCCAAGGUUCAUGAAGCUAUCCGAUGCUUCUUCAGAGCUGCAUCUGGGCAAGAAGCUCCAAAGGCUCUUCAGAAGUUCUCUGUGGAAACAGGGUUUCAAAUCUCCGGGGAAUGCAGAUCUUUUACAGCAUGGAGGCUUCGUUACUAUGAGUGGGCAAUGCAAAUUUUUGAGCAGCACUCCAUGAGUGAAGGGGCAUGCGAGUUUGCUCUUGGUGCUCUUGAACAAAUAGAUAGCAUCGUCGAUUUAGAUAAUGGAAGUGAAGCUGAGGAUAUCCCUGAAACUACAACUAUGAUUAAAGGGCGACUAUGGGCUAAUGUAUUCAAGUACAAAUUGGAUUUGAAAAAUUUUCAAGAGGCGUAUUGCGCAAUAAUCUCAAAUCCAGAUAAUGAUAGCAAGUAUGUCUGUUUAAGACGUUUCAUCAUAGUUCUUUGUGAGCUUGGCGAGACAAAGGUAAUUUGCAAUGGCGAGAUACCAUUCACUGGCUUGGUGGAAAAAGUGGAGCAAGAGCUCUUCUGGAAGGCUGAGCGCUCGGAUCUUUUGUCUAGACCAAAUCUUUACAAGGUCCUUUAUUCAUUUGAGGCUUAUAGGAACAAUUGGAGGAAGGCUGCUGCACAUAUGUAUAGGUAUUUCGUUAGAUUGAGUAGAGAGGGUAAUGCUGGUGGAACCCGGCAACUUUCUCAUACAUUGCAAGAGAGGCUGCAUGCUUUGUCUGCUGCUAUCAAUGCAUUGCAGCUUGUUGAUCCCUCAUUCGCUUGGCUUGAUUCUGUUUGUGAAGCGGAUGAUCAAAUCUCACCAAGUAAAAAGCCCUGUAAUCUUUUGAUGAAGAACUCUGCUUUUGGCACAGAUUCAGAGCUGUCUAGGUUGAAGUUUUGUGUUGACAUUGAAAUUCUCGAAAAGGAAUAUACACUAACAGAAGCACUCUAUAUGCUCAGCACUGUAAAUUCUAGAUUCAACUUUUCAGAUAACCAAUCUAUUGAAGCACUGACGGAUAUUCUUAUAAAUGAGAAUAUGUACGACAUGGUGUUCACCAUUGUGCUGAAAUUUCGGAAGGAGUCAGGAAUGAAAAGGGAGUUGGAACGUGUAUUUGCAGCAAUUGCGCAGCAAUGCUGCCCUAAUAGAGUGGGCAACUCAGGGAAGAAUUUACUGCUGCCAUCUUCCGAUGAUGAUGCCUGUGAUGGCAAUGGUAACAGUAUUGCCAUGGCUCAUCAAUCCCAGGGGAGUUGCCAUUGGGAGACUCUUGAAAUAUAUUUGGAGAAAUACAAAGAUUUGCAUCCUAGGUUGCCUGUCAUUGUUGCGGAAACACUUCUUUACACAGACCCUGAGAUUGAGCUACCACUUUGGCUAGUCCAGAUGUUUAAGACCACCAAGGCUGGUAACAGGAUGAUUUCAUGGGGUAUGUCUGGCACAGAGGCAGACCCUGCUACAUUAUUUAGAUUGUACAUAAAUUAUGGACGGCACACAGAAGCGGCCAAUUUGCUGGUCGAGUACUUGGAAUCAUUCACAUCAUCGAGACCUGUGGACGUUCUCCACCGCAAAAAGAUGUCAGCGGCCUGGUUCCCAUACACUGCCAUCGAGAGGUUGUGGUGUCAGCUAGAAGAGAUGCAAAAUGCUGGCCACAGCGUGGAUCAGUGCGACAGGCUCAAGAAGUUGCUACAUGGAUCUCUGAUUAGUCACCUGCAGCAAGUUGUGGUUGAUUCAGAUGAUGUGCUUUCAUCGCUUGGAGGAGGGAAAGGAAUGGGGAGCCAAAGCAAUUGAGUUUUUUUUUUCUUUUGUUCCUUAGUGAGCGAGCAACUGAGAUCUUGUGAGCCGUGGAUUAGUGUCAGCUUACUGUUGUACUGUCAUGUGUAUGUAAUAGUUGUAUGGCUAAUGCCUGUGAGCCAUGUUCAUCACCUGUUUCUGUAGACAAGGGCAAUUUUCCAUUUGUAAGUCCUUUUAACACUUAUGUGAAAAAUGCCUCGCUCCUUUGAAGAGUACCAGGCUACCAGCAGACACAUAAAGUUUCCUCGUGCCCUUUUGGGUUUGUUUGA